AUGUCCGACGCGCUCAAGGACAUCCGCGACGACCCCAACGCGACCAAAUCCCUCGACACCCAAGCUGUCUUCGAUGAUUACAUGAAAACCUACGGCGCCGACCAGACAAGCAACACCCGCCCGCUGGCAACAAUCUCGAACUCGUCAUCGUCCUCCAAAACAUCCUUGGCGCCAUCUUCGACGAUGAACAAACCACCGAGAAAACAAAGAGAUGAGGAUCUGCUACCUCCCCUGCCACAGUCGGAGGAGGACCGCAUACGCAACUCUCGCCCGGCCGACGACCUCACCGAGAACAAGCCGCUCGACAUGGAGGCGUACCGCGCAUGGAAGGCCCGACAGGCUGCAGAACGCAAACGAGAACGAGAAGAGGCCAAGAAGCCAAAAGUCUCCUGGUUCAAGCCCUCGCAACUCUUGGUCAUGGCUGCUCAGUGGGAGCAGGAGGAAAAGGAAAGACAAAAGAAAAAGAAGGAAGAGCAGGAGAAGCGGGAAGCCGAAGAAAAGGCGCGCCAAGAAGCCCAAGAAAACCUGGAGAGGGAGGAAAAGCUGCGAGCCCAAGAGACUGACAGGGCAGAGGAGCAGAAGCAGGCCGAAUCUCAACCUUCGGCUCAUUCCAACGAGACAACUCAAUCGAACGGCGGAAGGAGCUACGACAGGUAUGCUGCUUCAGCGUCACAGGCAAAAACCAGAGGUACUCUUCGAAGCUCGCCAAAGUUUGGCCCAAGCAGCCCUUCUCUGGAGCCAGCCUCUGUUACGACAGCCGUUCCCGAGCCGCGAGCAUCACGACUUCUCGACACUCCCGCCACCAACAAAACAACCUCGACGACGACACAGGAUGGGUCAGGUCGCGUUGAUUUCGGCAGCAUCGCGCGCCUGCGGAACAUGCACUCGCAGAAACAACAGGCCUCGCCUGCCCAGCAGGUGCCCGAGACUCCCGUCUCAGACAACAAUCCGUUCCGCCAAAGCAAAUCCCAACUACUUGGUCCUUCGCAGCUAUUUGGAGCUACCCAGUUUUCUUCUGCCACAAAAGCCCUCGCCAGUCCGACCUCUUCGCGCCCUUCCCCCUCCGAUUUUAUGCAUCACACAGCAUCACCGAAUCUGGCUGUGUCGUCGCCACUGCGAGCCCGGGGUCUGCGUUCAUCGCCAUCGCAUCAUGUACCAUCAAGUCCAGCUGUCUUACCCGAUGCACCUCCGCCGAGGGCAACGCAGCGAAAGCCGGCGAGCUCUCACCCUGGUGCCUCGGAAGACGACAUGGUGAUUCCGGAAUCGCCGCAAACAAAGCCGCCCAAGAAGAAGAAGAAAGCUGAACAACGUCCCUUUGCCAGCUACGAGCCGAUGGAGAAAUCGCAGGAGCGGUGGUCGAGUCCAAUAGCGGGAUCAGAUCCUCCAGGCCCUCUGGACGAUGAAGAUACAGAAACAUCCAUGGUCAGGCGCAGAAGGGCAAAGUUGAAGAAAAAGGCUGCCCUGGAACAGCUGACUGAGAUCCGGUUUCCGCUGGUGGCCAAUUCGGAUGAUGUUGAGAUCCCAUCAUCCAACAAGAACAGGCGUGGCAAAGCGAAACGAGCGACGCAAGAGCCGGAGCAUGGGGAUGAGGAACCAGCAAUACCAAAUACUGUAGAAGAUUCUCAGGAACAAGGGGCCAAGUCUGCUGCGGCGCAUGCUGUAGAUGACGAGUCUACACAGUCUGGGCCAGAUGAGGAUCGGGCACAGAAGCCAGACGCCGUCUUCAAGAGCCCACGACCGAGCCAGCGUCCAGCACCCAGACCUCUUUCGCCAGUUCGCAAGGAACCGGUACCUGGCACAUCCGGUGCGGAUGCGCAUCCAACAACAAGUCCAACUGAGAGUAUACUCGCUGACAAAUCCGCGCAUGAACUGCCUUCGUCUUCUCAACUCCCUGUCUUACCAGCACCCUCCUGUGAUAUUCCCUCUUCAUCGCCGCCGGUGUUCGAAAGAAGAAGUAGAAAGAAGAGAGUCUCGUCCGGUGCAGAUCAGGCAGCAAAGAUACCGACAUCGGGAACGGCGAGAACAACCAAGGCAAGCGUGUCGUCGUCUGCCGUCGAUGCUGCUAUUCAGACAACCUCGGAUCUUUCAAAUCUGUCUUCCACACCCGUCGUUCCGUCAACUGCUGUACCGGCAAGAGAUGCUUCUACCAGUUUCACCAGGCCUGAUCUUGGUAGCUCGUCCCCGGCGCCUGUGAACAACCUUAGGCGUGACGCUGCUGGGCGCCUCCCCAAAUUCCCAAAGACUAGUUCAACAGAGAGCCUGCGCCAUUCGGCACGGGUCGAGAGGCGGCUGUCCAGUUCUGCCGAUGAACUGUCCGUCUCUGGAGCCACAAUACCCACGUUCGACCAUAGUGUUCGCAUGUCUCGCAGUUCCCUGCUCAAACCCAGCAGAACAUCGUCCAUGACUGCUGCCUCUCAGCGUGGGUCAAAGAUCUUUGAAGGCAUGGCGUUUGCAAUAUCCUUCCAGUCAAAGCGCACAGGCGAGAGCGCGGACCAGUACAACGCACGCAUGGAAACUGCAACCAGCAUCGAAAAACGCAUCAAGCAAGCAGGCGGCCGCAUUCUCGACAAUGGUUUCGAUGAGUUGUUUGAACCCAUCCCUAUCCAACCUGCCACCUCUGCCUCCAAGAACGAAGGCCACACCUCAUCACCGCCAUCGAACGUCGACCUACCUCUCAACAACACCGGCCGAGACACCGGCUUCACAGCCCUCAUCGCCGAUGGCCACUCCCGCAAAGUCAAGUACAUGCAGGCCCUUGGUCUCGGACUUCCCAUCCUCGCUUCCCGCUGGGUUAUUACAUGCCUCUCUUCCAACUCGAUAGUCGAUUGGUCGCCCUACCUUCUUGCUGCCGGACAGUCCGCGUUCCUAGGAGAUGCCAUUCUCUCCCGGAACCUACAGCCCUAUAAUGCCAGGACGGCAAAGCUCGUGGAGACGGUAGCGAGAAGGGGACGGUGGCUGGGCGGGAGUAGGAUACUCCUUGUCAUGAGCACGGGUGGGGAUAAGAAAGGAAGGAAAACCCAGAAGGAAAAGGAGAAGGAGAAGCAAGAGGAAGGGAGGAAGAUGGCUUAUGUUUUCUUGGCGAGAGUACUGGGGGCGGAAUUGAGGCGGGUGGGCAGUUUGGAUGAGGCAAAGAGGGAGUUGGAAAGGGCGGAGGAGGAGGCAGAAGGCGGUAAGGGGAAACCAUACGAUUGGGUUUAUGUGGAUGGGAAGACGGAUGGGGCCGAGUUGUUCGCGAGUCCGAAUAUCCUAGGGGUGGGCGAGAGUGAUGCCGGUAGUGCCCGUGCCAGCGCCGGUGGUGGCGGGAAGAGUACAAAGAGCAAAAAGAGGAAGAGGCAGAGUGUGGGGUACGUCUAUGAGCCGACCGAGGCGGAGAAGCAGCCGCCAUUGAAGAGAGUCAGGACGUUGAGUGAUGAGUUGGUUAUUCAGAGUUUGAUUUUGGGGAGGUUGAUUAAUGAGGAGGAGUUUGGGAGUAUUUGA